UACAGCAUCAGCCCACAUCUACAGACAGCCCAAGCCUCCGGCCUCCACCAUGAAGAUCGCCAUCACAAUCACUGUGGUCAUGCUGUCCGUCUGCUGCAGCUCAGCUUCUUCGGACAUCUGCCCAGGAUUUCUUCAAGUCCUUGAGGCCCUCCUCCUAGGCUCAGAGUCUAAUUAUGAGGCAGCCCUGAAGCCUUUCAACCCUGCCUCAGACCUGCAAAAUGCAGGAACCCAGCUGAAGAGGCUGGUGGAUACCCUCCCACAGGAGACCAGAAUAAACAUCGUGAAGCUCACGGAGAAGAUCCUAACAAGUCCUCUGUGUGAGCAAGAUUUAAGAGUCUGAAGCUCACUGGAUUUCAGAGAUCUUCUACGCUAAAGGCCCCUGUCAUUGCCCUCUGCCUCCUUGACCUCCCUACACCAACCCCGCCUUCCUCUUUGCAAUAAACUGCGAGCAUCUCA